AUGCAUUUUACGCAAAUUUAUGGAUGUGUUUUCUCCAUUCUGGUUUUGGAGUGUGUAUGGGCAGCCCCAGUUGCUGAAAAGAUAAAUCCAGCAAUGAAAAAAAGAAGUUCCAGUGACAUUUUAGAUCAAGAAAAGCAACUUAAAAGUCUGUUGUCCUUAGCAGGUAACAAUAUCCCCAUGCCGAAUGUUGCUGUUCAGAAAAGUCAUGUAGCCCAUGUGGAAACAGUAAAUGGACAAGAAGUAAAGCAUGAAGCAAUAGAAGAAAAAGUUACCGACACCCAGACUGGUGCUGUAGUCUCGGAUAUCAAACAAGAUGUUACAGAGAAUGAUGCUACAGGCGGCGCAGAACCACAGAAGGUAGUAAAGACAAAGGUUGACAUCCCAGCUGAAGGCAUUCAUAAAACUAUCGUCCAAAAUGCACAAAAGAGUGAAGUUGAUGAAAGUCUGGCUUUAACGCCUACUGACGUGGCUCAAUAUCUUCUUGAGACUGGUGAAUUCCAGAAUUUUUAUUCAGCCAUCCAAGAUCUCAUUAAUUCCAAUGUUAUGACACAAGAAGAAGCCGAAGCUUAUCAACAAGAAGUUAUGAACGAAUACCAAAGACUAUUAGCUGAAAUCGAUGCUUACCAAGCCGAAUUAGCUCAACAGGAAGAAGCUUUACCCGUCUACUAUCCACCACCAUUCCCCGGUCAAGUACCACAAAAGAAAUCAGAUUUAUAUGCAUACCAAGGUGGUUUCCUCCCAGAAGAUUUAUCUCCUCAAAAUCAACAAGCCAUUCAAGAGGCUUUAUUAAAUAACGAGAAAUCUUUGAACGAAGCUAUUGAUUCAUUAUUAGAAGCUUGGUGGAAUCAGGCUUUCGAAGCAGGUGACUCUCGUGCCCAAGCUCUAGUAGAAUAUUUAUAUAACAUUGUAUCAAAAGAUGAUGAUUUAGAUGAUAUGGGACAAAUCAAAGAAAUUGUUGCUAAAAUGUUAGCUAGAGCUGUGAUGGAAGAUUUAUCUGUUGAAAGCCAACCAGAAUUAUUAGAAAACGUUGUCGGCUCUGAAAGUUCACAAGAAUCAGAAGAAAGCGAUGAAUCUGCUGAAGAAGAAGCACCUCAACAAUCAAGCAGCGAAGAAGAUUCCGAGGAAGGGGAUGAAUCAGAUGAUAAAACAGAAGAGUCAGAGUCACAAGAAGAGUCAAAUGAGGAAGUUUCUUCAGAAGAGGUUGUACCACCCGAAAUAGCCUUAGUGUAUACUUCACAUGAUCGAUUUUGUCUAGAAUUUAAACAUAAAACACGGUAUUAA